CUAGAUUUUAUUUAAAUAUUAUUUUUUUUUUUUUUUUUAAGUUUGCAAGUCAGCCUCAAAAGCUAUAUCCAAGCAUCUCCAAAGUCUAAUAUAAUUUAAACAUUUCUUGCCCCUCAGCAGGCAAAGCUUCAUUAAGUCAAUAUCAUCAUAGUUAGCUGCCUCAAUUGCAGCCUGAACCUAGCUGCACAUAACCCAGCUGGAGAGCCUUACUUGCUCUUCAGCUGGCCCCAAUCUUCUUCCUGCAACCCACUUCAAAGGCCACUCUUUCGCCGACCCCUGCAGCACGCUUGAAUCAUCCACCGCGCUUCCACAGUAAGCGAUCCGAUCCGACUUCUGAUCGCAACCGCUAACAGCAUCAUAGCUUCACUGUCACGAUGCCUGUCAGAAGAAGCCUGCAGGCACCCGAUCCCGACGGGUGUUAUCUGACGAAAGGUCACAAUGUGACCUGUAAAAUCGAGCAAGCUAUCAAGAAAGACGAUCACGGCGAGCUUCGUGAUAUGGCGAUGGAAAUCGGAAUAGACUGGGGAAAAGAGGAUAAUGCCGGCCGCGUUAGAUUGGCAAUCUUUGGUUGCGAGAUCCUCCUGCUCUUAUGGCCUCACCAUCAGCUAAUCGACAAAGGCUUCCUUAAUCGCGAGAUAGAGCUGCUUUGUAAGCUAGAAGGGAAGUUGCUCAGAGGGGUGAAUCCAAGCCGGAGGGAAAGGGAAUUCGUCAAGGCCCUUCGCGGCGGCUUGCACGAUGAGUGGCUCAAGGCCAUCCGGUGGCAGGCCAAGAAGGUACUGGAGAAGACUGAACCUUGAUGACAUACAGACCAGGCUGGUCAUGGUCUUGGACCACGAGAGCGCGAAGACGAGGGGGACGGCGUACCGCGAUGUCUGAGAUGGAAGAGGGGUAAUCGCGGGGUUCUGUGGGAAGAAAAUGUAUUGAGUUUUGUGUGAGUUCAGUUGCCUAAAGUCAAAGACCUGAAGUCGUGAC